GCAGAAUAUGAAGGGAUAAAAAUGAAGGAGUCCUAUGAGGUGAAUUCAAGAGGUUUGGAAAUAUUCACCAAACGCUGGCUUCCGGGGAAUCAUCGAGUGAAGGCACUCGUGUUUUUCUGCCAUGGUUAUGGAGACACAUGCACAUUUUUCGUUGAAGGUAUAGCCAAAAAGAUAGCCUCAGCUGGCUAUGGAUUUUUUGCUAUGGAUUAUCCGGGCUUCGGUCUUUCGGAAGGAUUACAUGGCUAUAUCCCAAGCUUUGAUGAUCUUGUUCAUGAUGUGGUUGAGCAUUUCUCCAAAAUUAAAGAGAACCCUGAAUUUAAAGGUCUUCCGAGCUUCUUAUUCGGCCAAUCGAUGGGUGGAGCGGUCGCCUUGAAGGUUCAUCUUAAACAACCUCAGUCGUGGGAUGGCGCAAUUCUACUCGCUCCAAUGUGUAAGAUAUCGGAUGAUGUGCUUCCUCCUUGGCCAAUGGUGCAUCUUCUAAUCAUUUUGGCAAAAGUAUUUCCCAAAGAGAAGUUAGUGCCUCAGAAGGAUUUAGCAGAGAUGGCAUUCAAGGAUUUGAAAAAGAGGGAACAGACUUCCUAUAAUGUCAUUGCUUACAAAGGCAAACCUCGCUUGAGGACGGCUGUCGAGAUGCUCCAGACGACAGAGGAAAUAGAACGUCGGCUUGAAGAAGUUUCUCUGCCUCUAUUAAUUCUACAUGGAGAGGUUGAUAAGGUGACUGAUCCCUCAGUGAGUAAGGCUCUGUAUGAGAAGGCAAAAAGCUCAGACAAGAAGCUCUACCUAUAUGAAGGAGCUUUCCAUUCCCUUCUUGAAGGAGAAUCUGACGAGAUGAUUUUCCGUGUUCUCGAUGACAUUAUUUCUUGGCUUCAUGAUCACUGUUCUGCCGUUAUCGGGUCCCAAGCCCCAAAUACGAACAGUGAAAGGUUGUGUUAGGUAGUCGACAAACAACGUAAAUUAUUUAUCAAAAAAAUCAUGACAAAGAUGGACCAAAAGAUUUUAACAAUGAUGUAAAGUUUCCUUUUUUGUAAGUUAUUUGAAAUUUUCUAUUUCUUUGGAUGUUAAUUUUUGUUAGGUUCA